UUUAAGAGCAAAAAAAAUAAAAAAAAAACUAAUAUUUUAUAACGUUUUUUAUGCAUGGAUUAAGGAUGGGAACAAAAUUAUCGGUUGCGAAAAGCAUGCGCCGAAAACAACAAACAGAAGACAUUUUAAAUGCUAUAAUGGAAAAUGAUCUUGACCGAUUAAAAAUCUUGGCUCGAUGUCCAGGAGGAUUUGUUAAUGAUAAGCUUAGAAAAUACGUGUGGUAGGGUUCGUAGAGUAUACGAUUCCUAUAUAUCUAUUGUUAAUACCGUAUUUAGGCCAAUUUUAUUACAUACCCAUCAUGGACCCUAUAUUGCUGAAAAAGGAAGUGAAAAAGACUUGGCUGAUCCUCUACAAAUCACUAAAGACGUAGAGAGAUCGUUAUAUUAUUAUCCUCAAGAUAUUUCACCUGUACUUAAAG